AUGUCGGACUCGAGCGAAAAGGCGAGCAGCGAUGUCGGGGCAGGUGAAGCGCUCCAAAGCCCAUCGCCCGUGGUGAAGCGCAACCCAUUUCGCUCCACAUUCUUCAACAUCACCAUCCUGGGCGUUGCAUGUUUUCUCAGUCCGGGUCUAUGGGGGGCGACCGCAGCAUUGGGAGCGGGCGGCACGCAAUCUCCUCAGCUGGUGAAUGCUAGCAACAGUGCCACCUUCUCGCUCAUGGUGGUCACUGGUCUGCUCACGCCUGCUCUUGUGCGACUGACGAGCAUCAAAACGGUGAGCUCCUCCGGCAGGUGAUCGAUACAGGACUGGCGCGUAACUCCCGGUGGCCGCUGAACAUUGCAGGGCCCCCCUAUCGCGCCUCUCGACAGGCUCUGAUCAUCGGCACGACUGGCUACGCUCCUUACGCAGCGACACUGUACAGCAAGAGCUACGUGCGUGAAGCUCGGUGAAGCGAGCCCCUCCCGAACCUGACCUUCUCUGACCUAUCAUCUUUGUCCACACAGUACGGCGACAAGGCAAACUGGUCUAUCCCUUUCGGCGCUUCUCUCUGCGGUAUUAGCGCUGGCAUCUUCUGGGCCGCUGAAGGAGCUGUAAGUUCAGACCUUGCCGCUGCACGGCCCAUUCGUGUCUUGCGCCUGAUGUAAACCUUUCUUCACUUGUCGCACCCCUUCAGAUUGCUUUGACGUACCCGGAGCCCAAAAAUCGUGGUCGCUACUUGUCAUACUGGCUCAGCUUCCGCGUGAUGGGUCAAUUCGUCGGCGGAGCUGUUCUUCUUGGACUAAAUGCGCAGGCGAACACGGCGGGCAGCGUGUCCACGUCCACCUACUUGGUCCUCGUCAUCCUGCAAGCGCUGGCACCCUUUGUGGCCGCUCUCAUCAGCCCUCCAGAGAAGGUGCAAAGGUCCGAUGGCAGCCCGGUGCUGCUGCGGUGAGUGGAUAGCUUUCGUCGCGCAGAACAUUUUCACGGCUGGAAAUUGACCCUUUCCUUCUUGCCUCAUAGCAUGCAUUCCAGCCUUCGCGCAGAAAUCAAGAACACUUGGAAGACAUUGACGACACCACGGGUGCUGCUCGUGCUGCCUUUCAUGUGGCAGGGCACCUUUUCGGAGUCUCUGAUUGGCACAUAUGCCGCCGAUAACUUCACGGUCAGAUCACGAGCCCUCGGCUCGCUGUUGUCCGCAGUGGUGGGCGCACUGGGAGUCGUGAGUGCUGUCCUCAAAUCUCGAUGACCGCGUUCGUGCCUUUCGGCCGCAACCCCGCAGCUCACUUGGGGACGCCGUCAUCUCACCUCAGAUUCUCCUGGGCCUAUUCCUCGACUGGCGCAAGUGGUCACUGAACACGCGAUCCAAGGCCGGCUUCUUGACUAUCGCUACCAUGCAGGCGGGAUGGUGGAUCUUCGCCGUGAGUACACAUGCUAGCCUCCUGAUCACGCGAGACCCCUUUGACCCUGGGCUAAUCACUUUGGCGCUCUACAGGUCGUCAUCAUGAACCGUUACAACAGAUUCAAACCGACCUACGAUUGGGUUGAUGGACCUUGGAGCUCCGGAUUUGCCUUGUACCUGCUCCUCCAGCUUGGCUUCAAUCUGCAGUGUGAGCGCGAUGUGAAACAAUUGUUUGAAGCAGCAGCUCAUACCUUUGGUCAUGGGACGUAGAUGAGUUCAUGUACUUCAUCAUUGGUGGCUUUGGCAACGGUCACGAGCAAGUGGUGAGACUGGCCUCCAUCUUGCGGGCGACAGAGUCAGCAGGUCAAGCCGUCAGCUACGGCAUCAACAGCACAUCACUUCGACUGGACGCCGUAGCAGGCAUAAAUUUUGCCCUCUUCGCGCUCAGUGUGGUCCCCGUAUGGUUCGUUGUGCGAAGGAUUGGCUUUGCCGCGUGAGUAGCGGCAUCCCGGCUGGCUGUCAGGACGUCUACAGCACAUACGCUGACAGUAAAUUCAUCAAUCCGGCUCCAGAGAUGGCGUAACGAAAUUGUACGAGCCUCCCGUGUACGCGGAGCCCGAAGAGCGCGCCCAGCUAGCUGCUCAGGGAGUCGAGGGAGCUUUGGGUCACGAUGCCUCUGGCAAGCCUGUCCCAGUCGCAGAUGAGAAUCUGCAGCGGGCAUAG